UGCUCGCGCCGGUGGUCGCGCUCGCGCCGUGGGGAGGGGGCAGGGUCGUCGGGCGCGGGCCGCAGCGUGGCCGUCGGGGAUGCGCUGAGCCCCCGCACCUGCCGCCCGCCCCCCACAUCUCCUCCGCCUCCUCUUCCUCCUCCUCCUCCUCCUCCUCCUCCUCCGGCCCUCCGGCCGCCGCCGCCGCCGCACCAUGUCCCUGCCCAAAGGAAAACCCAAGAAAAGGAAGGAUUUAAAAAUAGUCACCAUCAAGCCACCAGUUUCCAACCCCACGCCUCCCCGGAACCUGGACUCCAGGACCUUCAUUACCAUCGGGGAUAAGAAUUUUGAAGUGGAGGCCGAUGACUUGGUGACCAUCUCGGAACUGGGUCGGGGGGCGUACGGAGUCGUGGAGAAAGUGCGGCACGCGCAGAGUGGGACCAUCAUGGCUGUCAAGAGGAUCCGUGCAACUGUGAACACUCAGGAACAGAAGAGGCUGCUCAUGGACCUGGACAUUUCAAUGAGGACAGUGGAUUGCUUCUACACUGUCACGUUCUAUGGAGCCCUGUUCAGAGAGGGUGAUGUGUGGAUAUGCAUGGAGCUGAUGGACACUUCCCUGGACAAAUUCUAUAAGAAGGUUCUUGAGAAGAAUAUGACAAUCCCGGAAGACAUUUUGGGAGAGAUCGCAGUGUCCAUUGUGAGAGCGCUGGAGCAUUUGCACAGUAAAUUGUCGGUUAUUCACAGAGAUGUGAAACCAUCUAAUGUUCUCAUCAACAAGGAAGGUCAUGUGAAAAUGUGUGACUUCGGGAUCAGUGGCUACUUGGUGGACUCAGUUGCCAAGACCAUGGAUGCCGGUUGCAAGCCCUACAUGGCGCCCGAGAGAAUAAACCCCGAGCUGAACCAGAAAGGUUACAACGUCAAGUCAGAUGUCUGGAGUCUGGGAAUUACCAUGAUCGAGAUGGCCAUCCUCCGGUUCCCGUACGAGUCCUGGGGAACCCCCUUCCAGCAACUGAAGCAGGUGGUGGAGGAGCCCUCGCCCCAACUCCCAGCAGACCGUUUCUCCCCCGAGUUUGUGGACUUCACAGCCCAGUGCUUACGGAAGAACCCUGCAGAGCGGAUGAGCUACCUGGAACUUAUGGAACACCCCUUCUUUAACUUGCACAAAACCAAAGAGACUGACAUCGCUGCCUUCGUGAUAGAGAUCCUGGGGGAGGACUCGUAGGGGAAAGACAUUGCCGCUGAGCGGAGCAGCCUCCUGGCUUCACCUCCCCUCCCCCCUCCUUCCCUCCUCCCUCACCUUCCUUCCCCUCCUCCCUCACCUUCCUUCCCCUCCCUCCCUUUCCCGGACGACAGAAAUGAGGAACAGCGUUCCCGGUGGUUUGCACAAGUCCCACGGUACCCAGCCCCGAGGAUCUCCACGUUGGAACUCAGCACCAUCGUAUUCUCGGGUCAUCAGGCGCCUCUAUAAGCUAGAAGUCACGCACGGAACCAAGUUGGACCGCCUCACCCGGAGAAGCCCUGGCAGUGCUGGGAUCGGGGGAGGAGGGAGGGGGUUUGUCCUGGAAUGCUGACUGGGAUCACUCGAUCCUCUGGACAGUGAGAAGCGGCCCGGGGGCCGGGGCAGGGUGGGAAGAGGAGUUGCUCUGGUAGCCGCAGCGGUGCUGCUCUCGGAGAAUUCUGUGAUGGCACCAAGCGAGCCUCGGUAGAACAGACCGAGGAGAGGAAAGCAGGGCUUCCGAGGCCUGAGAGGGCCCGUUGUUUCAUUGUGCUUUCCAGCCUAGCGGAACUGAAGAGCCUGCUGUGCUGAACAGUUCGAGUGAAAUCUAUUUCUGAGGCUCACCUGCUCCACGCCUGAAUCCCCCUACCUCUCCUCCUGGGUCUUUCGGGGAUCUCUCCUCCAGAACCCCAAUCCACCAAGCACAGCAGCCUCUAGAUCCCGGGCGGGGUCUCCACCCUCACGUUCCACUCCCAACACUCGGAUUUUCUUCUCUGGGGCCAUUUCUCAAGCAUCCCCAGGCCCUGGGAGGAGGGCGAGCUCCGGUUAGGCCAGAAGCUGGCCGGUCGUUGCCUCUCUUCUCCGAAGCAGCCCCAGACCGUGAGGUCUCCUUGCCUGGAGGCCUUCGGCCGGAUCCUCCCAGGAGCAGUGGGUCCCAUGCCAACCCUGAAAGCCUUUGCCACCCCUUGCCUUCAGUGAUACCUGCCCGGGGAAUUCGUACUUCCCCUCCUCUGGCACGUUUCGUUUGUCCGCUUCCUCAUAGGUACCCUUGGUGAGUGUACGGCGGGGCGGGCACGUAACAUCGAGCGCGAGGCCGGGAAGGAUAGCUACUCUCGGACCCACAUCAUAUAACUCUCCUCACUCUCCUCCGGCAUGAGGACCUGGUGUCGGGCUGGAGUUUUCUCUAUAAAAGGCCCCAAGACUGAGCUGGCCACUCCCCACGCCCCCCACUCUCCUCCCCUUCAGGGUCCCAUAAGCCUCCUGACUGUGGUCCUGGGGCCGUCCUGUCCAUACAGCAGCAUGUCCGGGUGGAUAAAUAUUGUGUCUGUAGAAAAACCUCAUUCGACGAAAGCCUAUUUAAAUAAUGAAAUGGGAGGGAGAAGGGAAAAUGAUAUCUGCUGUACAUUUUUAAUAUCUAUAUAUAUAAUGGAAUUUUUAAAUGUAACCAAGUUUUAAUAGCCCAACUUCGGGGAGGAUCAGCUAUGGUAACGUGCCCAGUUACUGGGAACCCCCGUGAAUUGUCCCACCCUUCUCCCCUCUCCCUUCCUCCUUGUCCUGCAGAACCAUUCCUCGUGGCCUGACGCUUGCCAGCGGCCGAAGAGUUGGUUCUGAGUGGGGGGCAGGGGGAGGAGAGUAUAGUCACGUGUACAUUCAACCAAAAUUUUUGAGGUCUGUCAAAAGCUUUAAAGGGUGGUGGAGAUGAAUUUUUCUGAUGGGUAAUAGUCUUUCUAAGAUGUUUGUAUAUUUUUGUAAUCAACGGGGGAGGUACAGAUGACUUUAAUCGAGCUAGUUAGCUUGGCGAAACCGCUGAUGACUUAACUAGCUCAGCUGGGAGAUGUUGAGUCUCCAGGUGUGACCGAGACUGAAAUUGCAAACUGAGGCCUACCCUAAGUGGACCGGAAGAGAUCUUGUUUGCACCGUGUUUCAAACAUCUCCUUCUGGAAGCCGUCAGACACGGCCCCGGGCCUUUCUAUAUGUGUGAAUCCAAUUGUGAACGAUGGGUAUUUUGACUGAGUCUGAAAGCCCAGCUCCUCAUUUUAGGAUCCUUAUGAUGGGAGCUGGGGCUCUCUCUUCCAUCUCAUAAUCAAGGCUGCCCUGGGAGCUCAGGGCCAGAUAAAGCCAGAGAAGGGACAUGUGGAUCCAUGGAAGACUCAUUAUUUCCCCCUCCCCAUCUCUUUUUUUCCUCUCUCCUCCCUCCCACCCCCUAAAAAAAUAGUCUCCCAAGGGAGCAAACAAAUAUUGUGCAAACCACCCCAAGUCCUUGUAAUGUGGAAGGGGCCCGCUGUUGGCUAGGAAUGCUAGUGAGAGCUGUCCAGCUGUAAAAUUUUAGUCUUUCACCUUGGUUUGGAUUGUUAAGUUUUAUUUAUCUUCAGUUUUUAUUUUUCUCUUGCUUCGGGGAUUGUCUGUUUUUAUCGCAUGGUUUCCUUUUUUCCGGGAGGUGGGGAAAAGGCCUCACAAUAGUCCCGGGAAGGUCCGGUCCUCUAGUUGACACACCACACAACCUAGGUCCCUGGGCCUUGAAACUCUGUGGCCUAGGCACAGGUGAGUAGUGUUGGAGGAUUGGUCUUUCCUCCAGAAAAAGCACAUUGUGCUGUUGAUUUUGCUUCCUGGAUUGUAAUAUAAGUAAAUGUAACUUCCUGCCCCAGCCUCAGUACGGAGGCGGAGCCAACCCACCAGCUCGCAGAUCUCUCUUUUGCUGCCUGAGAGGGAGGGAGGAAGCCAGCUGGAGCCGUUAGUGGUUGCUGUUUUCAAUUAAAAACAAAACACACACA